GACCGCUCACUCUGAGGUUUGAGCCAAGCCUCCAGGGUGCUUGCUGAGUUGGUGAGAUAACUUUGGAGCUGGUGUCCCUGGGACUCACUGCCCGACUUCCUUCCAUUCACCACCAUGGAAGAUGAUGGUUACAACUACUACGGGGCUGACAACCAGUCUGAAUGUGACUACGCAGACUGGACGCCCUCUGGAGCUCUCAUCCCGGCCAUCUACAUUCUGGUUUUCCUUCUAGGCACCACAGGCAAUGGCCUGGUGCUCUGGACCGUGUUUUGGAGCAGCCGUGAAAAGAGACGCUCAGCUGACAUCUUCAUUGCCAGCCUGGCAGUGGCUGACUUGACCUUUGUGGUGACUUUGCCACUGUGGGCCACUUAUACCUACCGGGAGUUUGACUGGCCUUUUGGAACCUUCUCUUGCAAGCUCAGCAGCUACCUCAUCUUUGUCAACAUGUACGCCAGUGUCUUUUGCCUCACCGGCCUCAGCUUUGACCGAUACCUGGCCAUUGUCAGGCCAGUGGCCAACGCUCGACUAAGGCUGCGAGUCAGCGGGGCCGUGGCCACAGCAGUCUUGUGGGUGCUGGCUGCCCUUCUAGCUGUGCCCGUCAUGGUGUUCCGUUCCACUGACAUCCCAGAAAACAGCACCAAGACCCAGUGCUACAUGGACUAUUCUAUGGUGGCCACUUCAAACUCAGAGUGGGCCUGGGAGGUGGGCCUUGGGGUGUCCUCCACUGCUGUGGGCUUUGUGGUGCCCUUCAUCAUCAUGCUGACCUGUUACUUCUUCAUUGCCCAAACCAUCGCUGGCCAUUUCCGAAAGGAGCGCAUCGAGGGCCUGCGGAAGAGGCGCCGGCUGCUGAGCAUCAUCGUGGUGCUGGUGGUGACCUUUGCCCUGUGCUGGAUGCCUUACCACCUGGUGAAGACUCUCUACAUGCUGGGCAAUUUGCUGCACUGGCCCUGUGACUUUGACAGCUUCCUCAUGAAUGUCUUUCCCUAUUGCACCUGCAUCAGUUACGUCAACAGCUGCCUCAACCCCUUCCUCUAUGCCUUCUUUGACCCCCGAUUUCGCCGAGCCUGCACCUCCAUGCUCUGCUGUGACCAGAGCGGGUGCAAAGGCAGCCCUCACAGCAGCAGUGCGGAGAAAUCUGCCAGUUAUUCUUCUGGGCACAGCCAGGGCCCCGGCCCCAACAUGUGCAAGGGAGGAGAACCGAUGCAUGAGAAAUCUAUCCCCUAUAGCCAAGAGACCCUUGUGGACUAGGGCUGGAACCAGAGGGAAGCCCGGUGCCUCGGGGCCUGACCCAAAUUUCAUCCUCACGCUCUGAGAACCAGGUAGCAUGGCUUCUCCUGGACUCUGCAUUCCCUUCUCUGCUCACCUCCAAGCUCUCUGCCUUGCUCCUCUCUUCUCACGUUUGUGGCUUAGUGGAAAGGGAUGGAGCCUUGCAAACAGCUCAGCUGUUCAUACUUCUGAGGUUGACCUUGCACAAGUCUCUUAAC